AUGGUGACAGCACCAAAUGACGUAAUUUUGCUUGUUCAGCCGGAUCCAAAAUGGGAAUUUCCACGUACUCGAUUAACGAUCGAGCAAGUCCUAGGAGAGGGCGAAUUUGGACGAGUUUUACGAGCCAAGGCUAUUGAUAUUGGUGGCUGGCCUGGACCAACCACCGUAGCUGUAAAAACACUAAAAGAAGAUGCCUGUGCUUCCGAACUUGCGGAUCUUCUAUCGGAGUAUCAACUUUUAAAGGAAGCUCAACAUCCUAACGUUAUUCGAUUGCUUGGAGCUUGCACUUCACCAGGUGGUCCAGUUUAUCUCAUCAUUGAAUUCGCUGAAUUUGGUUCAUUAAGGUUGGUACACAGAGAUUUGGCUGCUAGAAACGUUCUAUUGGCAACAGGAAAAGUUUGUAAAAUUUCGGAUUUUGGUUUAACACGUGACGUUUACGAGGACGAUGCUUAUUUGAAAAGAAGCAAAGGUCGAGUACCCGUUAAAUGGAUGGCACCAGAAUCCUUGGCGGAUCACGUUUACACCAGUAAAUCCGACGUUUGGAGUUUUGGCGUACUUCUAUGGGAAUUGGUAACCUUAGGUGCAUCACCUUAUCCAGGUGUAGACGUUCAUAAUCUGUACAAUCUAUUGAAGGCCGGUUAUCGUAUGGAAAAACCAGCUAAUUGUUCUCAACAAUUAUAUAAAUUGAUGGUUUCUUGUUGGCACGAGGAACCUGGUAUGAGACCAUCCUUCAAGGAACUCACCUGUCAUUGGGAACGCAUGUUAGAGGAUGGAGUAGAAUAUUUAGAUCUGAAUCCAAGAACCGUCCAUAAUCAAUCAUACUUUGCUUCUCUUCAUGCUUUAGAUAGUCCAACCAGUUCUGGUGACCAAGGUAUAGAAGAAGCUAAAGUAAAUAUUCUAAGGACAGAUACGGUCAACUAUCUCAGCAAACCAUCUUCAGAACCUGUGACGAAAUCCGACAAAGUAAACAAACUUCAUGCAUUUUGGCAAGAACCAAUAGGUUCUUUUCCAACUAAUGAAGCAAUUAAAUCACCCUACGUUAAUGAUCGGCCACCAAGCUUGAACAUCAAUCAUUACGAAAGUCCAAUUAAAUUAAGAAAUACCAGUGUCACAAGUAACAGCGAAAAUGAUCUUAAAACUCCGACAAAUGAACGGCCGCAAUCUUACAUAGACAUGCAAGGAAAGAAAGCAAAAGAAACUGAAGAUUUAUUGGUCUUUGGUAGUUUAGAAAGCAAAGAAGACAACGAUAGUACUAAUUGAAGAUAUUUAAUAAACACUUCGAGAGAAUUGUCAAGAGAAUUUUGACAAAGUUCUUUUUUUUUUCAAUCGAUCAAAAUGGAUCGAUCAAUGAUAUUCGACGAUGAUGAAUGAUGAAGAGGUCGAUGAAAUAUGAUUAAAAAAAAAAAUAAAACAAAGAUAAAGACAAGAAAAGAGAGAGAGAGAGAGAGAGAGAGUCGUAAAUCGUAGUUACGAUUGUUAUACCAAAAGAUAAAUAGAAGAUUUAGAUUUCAAUAUUUUUGUGUGUAUAAAGUAUUUUUUUUCUUUUUUUCUUGUAAUUAAGCGAGACGUCAAACUCUUUUCGUACUAUUACUAUUACUAUUAUUAUAAUUAUUACGAUUAACUAUUACUAUUGCUAUUACUACUACUACUACUAUUACUACAUACACGGUGAUUCUCGAUU